AUCUCCGUGCGACGGAGGAAAGGCGGGGGCGCGGGCAGUGCACGGCGUUUCCUGGUAACUGCCGGCGCGGGACCGCGGAGGGGAUGCGCGGCCCGGAGUUGUUGAGAGGCCGGGAGCCUCGCGAUGGGCACGAGGUGCUGGGGCAGGCGGCCCGGCUCGCCUCCUCGGGGCUCCUGCUGCAGGCAUUGUUUCGUUUGAUUACCUUUGGUUUGAAUGCAUUUAUACUCCGAUUUCUUUCAAAGGAAAUAAUUGGAAUAGUAAAUGUAAGGUUAACAUUGCUUUACUCAACUAUCAUCUUCUUAGCAAGAGAGGCAUUCCGUAGGGCAUGUCUCAGUGGGAGGACAGAUCGAAAUUGGACCCAAACAAUCAACCUCUUAUGGCUAACAGUUCCCUUGGGUUUAUUUUGGUCUUUGUUCCUGGGUUGGGUCUGGUUCCAGAUCCUUGAAGUGCCUGAUCCUAAUGUAGUACCCAAUUAUGGAGUUGGAGUGGCAGCAUUUGGUCUUUCUGCAGUGAUUGAACUCUUAGGAGAACCUUUCUGGGUCUUAGCACAAGCAUAUAUGUUGGUCAGGCUUAAGGUGAUUGCUGAAAGUCUGUCAGUGAUUCUCAAAUGUAUUUUGACAGCUGUUUUAGUCGUGUGGUUUCCUCACUGGGGACUUUACAUCUUUUCUUUGGCCCAGCUUUUGUAUACCACUGUUUUGGUGUUCUGUUACAUCAUACAUUUCAUGAAAUUAUUGGGUUCCCGUGAACCAACCAAGAAGUCUCUUCCAAUCUCCGGAAUGACAGAUCUCUUACCUCACAUCACAGUAAAUGGGAAUUUUGUCAAUUGGAAUGAGGCUAAAUUAACAUGGAGUUUCUUCCAACAAUCCUUUCUGAAACAGAUUUUGACAGAAGGUGAACGGUAUAUGAUGACAUUUUUGAAUGUGUUAAAUUUUGGAGACCAAGGUGUUUAUGACAUAGUGAAUAACCUAGGCUCACUUGUAGCCAGAUUGGUUUUCCUGCCAAUAGAAGAGAGUUUUUACAUAUUCUUUGCUAAAAUGCUGGAGAGGGGUAAGAGUGUCAAGCUUCAAAAACAGGAGGAUAUCGCCAUGGCAGCAACAGUUUUAGAGUCCCUGCUGAAGUUUGUCCUUCUGAUUGGCUUGACAAUAACUGUUUUUGGCUAUUCCUAUUCUCAGUUGGCUUUAGAUAUUUAUGGAGGGUCCAUGCUUAGUUCUGGCUCAGGUCCUGUUCUCCUCAGAUGCUAUUGUUUAUAUGUCCUCCUACUUGCUGUAAAUGGCAUAACUGAAUGUUUCACAUUUGCUUCUAUGAGCAAAGAGCAAGUAGACAGGUACAAUUUUAUCAUGCUGGCCCUGUCAUUCACAUUUUUGUUGUCUUCCUAUUUCCUGACCAAGUGGCAAGGCAGUGUGGGCUUCAUCUUUGCCAAUUGUUUUAACAUGGGAAUUCGAAUUGCACAAAGCCUACACUAUAUCUACAGGUACUAUAGAGAGAGUCCUCACAGGCCACUGGCAGGCUUGCUUCCAUCACCAUUUCUAAUUGUGGUGUAUGUGGUCAGUGGAGUGGUUACUGGUAUUUCAGAGGUGUUUCUGUGCUGUGAGAGAGGCUGGCUGGCCAGGCUUCUGCACAUCAUGGUAGGGGCUUUGUGUUUGGGAGCUACCCUUGUGACUGUGUUCUUCACAGAGACCAAGCUUAUCUUCUUUAUUCGAACUCAGUUCCUACCCAGAUAUACCAAGAAAAAAACAUGAACACAUUGGAGGACCAGUUCCUAUAUUUAGUUCUGCAGGCCUGUCAGAAUGGUUUGUGGUACAAAGGCUCAUUUCCUGUUUAAAGGAAGAAAGUCAUUAAGUAAGAAUCCACUGAAGUUCUGCUAUUAAUAAAACCAUAAGUUUAUAAGAAACUAGAAAAUUAGAACCUAUUGAGAAAUAAUAGAUGUAAUAUUUGGUUUGUUUUCAAAUCCAUUUGGAGUUUUAAUAUUAAGGAAAGAUAAUUUUUGAAUGCAGAUCAGAAUAAUCGCAUUUUCAAUUGUUCUUUCAUUAUUUUGUACUAAUUUGUGAUUUUUUUCCUCUGUUGAUUGCUUUUUUGUCUGAUCUAGCUUAAUAGUCAAAUGUAUAAUGUCUAGUUUCCUUAGUGUUUAGUAAAUAUAGGGCCCCCCAAAAGAGCUCUGAUCACUUAAUUGUUCUUAAAAACAUUUCAUUCAUUUCUGCAAAGAAGGAAAUGCAGUUUUGCUUGAAAAACAAAUACCAAGAAAGAUACUAGAGUGGUGCUUUUACUGAAUUUAGCCAACAGUCGUCUUUUCUUUUAGAGAAGAACAAAUGUCAUUCAUCCCACAAGCCAGAAAAAGGAAACAUGUAGUCUUUCUGAGAAGUAUGUUUCUAAGAAGCCUGACUUAUUAGAAAAUAAAGAGAAAUUCCAGAAAGUAAAGUGUGGAAUUCAAAGUGGAAAAAGCAAGGCAUUUACUUUAAUUAAUUAUAAACAACUAACCAUCCUAAAAAACAUGGGAUUUAAAAAUGUGAUCACCACAAAUGAGUUACCUUUGAUUCUUUAGGAAAAUGUUGCCUUUGUAGCUGACCUUCACUUUUUAUAGGACAUGGUGUAAGAGUUAAAAUUUAGGCUGAAACUGAGGCAGGUAGAAAUUAGUUUCUCUCUGCAAGGAGUAUUAUAUUUUUAGAGGUUUAUUGAAGAUUAAACUAUAAAGAAAAUACAAGUAAGAAAGGCACAUGUCUAGGCCCAGAGAGCCUAUUCACAACCACUCACAUGUUGCCUGCUAAGUGGAGAGCCAGUGCGAUUACAAAGCAUUCUGGGGAAGUGGAGCAAGGACUUCUGGGGAUUGAAGUCCUGGAUUCAAGUCUCCAUUUUUGCAUAUCUCCGUUUGAUCCUCUGGGAAGAAGGACUUCCCCAAGGGAUCAUAAAAACAUAAUCAAUUUAAAGAUUACAAUAAUUUGAGGAUAAGAGAAGGAAAAAAGAACAAAACCAAUAAUUGCUGGACACAUUGACAAAAAGCCAGUUAGGGGGCAGUCCCCUUUGGCAUGAAAGUAUACAUACAAAUAAAUGUUCAAUCAACCACACCCAAAGUUCAUUUUUGUGCAGCUUGUGGUCUGGAGGCUUCUUCAUGGUGGCUUCUCCAACAGUUCAGUUUCUGGAUUCAGAGAGGUAUCAUCUUUCUUUACCUAAAAUUCUUCUAAAAAGGAAUUUAAACUUUGCAAUUUAAAUAAUAAUAUUUUUUUACAUUCCCCCGUUAAGAGGGUUAUUGAAGAAUACAGGAUCACUUAGGGAUACAUGGCUGAGGUAUGAGGUAUAUGAAUCAAUUGGCAAGAGAAAUUAAAAAGAUAUCAGGAAAAUCCAAAUAAAAAAGAAAAACCUCUGGAUGAAAAUAUAGACUAUCAAAGUCUUAUGUGCAAAAAUUCUAAGUAAAGGAAAAAUAAAUCUAUAACAGGUCCUUGAAUCAGGGCCCAUGGAGAAUUCAGUGCGAUUACAAAGCAUUCUGGGGAAGUGGAGCAAGGACUUCUGGGGAUUGAAGUCCUGGAUUCAAGUCUCCAUUUUUACAAUGGGGAUGAUAUAGAAAAGCAACUCUCAUUAACAUAUUUCUUUUCCAUGUUUCUCCCAACUUAGGAAACAAAAAGGUUUUAAUAUUGUUGUAACAAGUCAGUAAUCAAAUAUCUGUGAUUUUUGAUGAUAUGAAAAUCCCUCCACUGAUGCAAAUUUCAGCCUGUUUAUAAUUUAGUAAGAUGUUUUAGAGGGCUAGAGGAAGCUCAGAUAGGUUCAAUGAUUCGCCCACAACCACACGCUGGUAAAUCUUCCUAAUUCCAAUUCCUAUACUUUACUAAGCCUUGCUUUCUCUUCUUUGUUAUAAGAAAUAACACUCUGACAUUUUAUUCAUGAAAGACUUUGCCCUUGCCACAUGACCAACCCUAGUUGUUGGCCCACUUGUUUCCACAUUUAAUUUUGUAUUACUACACAAUUAAUAUUGUAUUACUACAAUAAAUACAAUAAAUUUUCAAUCUAUCCUAAGAGUAGAACUGAUGAUGCAUAGACAGUAGAACGGCAUAUGGAACAGUAAUAGAAAUUCAGUCUCAUUCAAUCAUCCAUUUGACCAACACUUACCAUCCUCAUAUUGUGUGCAAGGCCAUGUGCUUAAACACUAUGGGACAUCAAAAGAUGAUAAGACUCAACUCCUAUUGUCAUGAGGUUCCCCAUAUUAGCUAUGUUUUACAAAAUAUGGUCUUCUAAAUAGAUCGAUUUGGCUUUCCAAAAGUAUGUCUUCUGUGAGCUCCCUAAAGUACCAUCCCCAAAGAUGGUACUCUGCCAUCAGAAUAAGUUUCAGGUUGUUCCCAUUAGACUAUACCCUCACUAAGCAUCAUUCUAAUGCCUUAGGCUGCUAUUUAAAACUUUUCCAGCAACUUCCCAAGUUCAGUGAUGCUGAAAGCCCACCAACCCUUUGAUCUCCCUGUAAAGGUAGUAACAGUAAAUCAGAAACUCUCAUUCUUCUAGACUACAUAACUACUUUUCAUCUUAAUUCACUUCCAUUCUCUUCUCUUAUAAUCCCGAUGUCAGUGGGACUGGACACACUUCCAGCCUGGCCUCUAGGUUUAAGACCAUAGUUGUCUGUGGUCUUCCCAUUCAAGUGUAUUUUUAGCAGGUUUUUUCUGUUAUCUUUUGUUUUUAUGUCACCUGGAUUUCCCCUUGUAACUCCUCUCCAUCACCCAAGAGCCCCUUAUGACAAGUAAUUUUUUAAAAAGAAAGUAAAAGAGGAAUAAGAGUUUGUUCCAGGGUGUGAUCCUUAAAGACCUAAAGCUCUGCUUCUAGUUGUUUUAAAAAAUAGAUCGUUUACUUUCAUUUUCCUUAUGCUGGCAAUUCCUGUUUUCUAGGACCAUUAACAGUAACCCGAGAAUGCCCGUGGAUAUUACCUUUAUUUUCCAUGCACCUAUUAGGCUAAUCCUCCCUUCAGCCUUCUCUCACUAGUCCCACUGAAGGACUUGCCUGUGGUCAUUAUAUUAGGUCAUCCUUUCACUUCUUCAGAAGAGUCUACUUUGAAUUGUUCUUCCCCCAUUUCAACCAUAAGAACCAUAACUCAUUCAAAUACAAUUUUACUACCUCAAAGUGUGACUCAGGCCAGUCUGAUGCUUAAGGACCAAGACUAGAAUAAAAUGAGACACUCAAAGGUCAUCCAGCACUUAUUGAAAGGUUUAUUUACCCAUAACAUGGUCAGAAAACUCAGUAAAGAUACAACACUGGUUUAGUUGGAUAUUUCCCCAUGUCCAUCCCUUAUCUUCUUUUUCAAGUCAUCAGGUAUGUUGGGUUUGGUGACUCAUAUAGCAAUGGGACAGAUGUCAAGUCUGAAGGGCACUGAUUUCUCAUGGGCUAUAUUUUAUACCCUAGGCAUUUGCAAUACCAUAUCAGUAGUUUAUGCUUUAGUCCUUUGGUCUGAUAUCUCAGAACCAAUUUCCUGACAAGAUUGCCUGUCCAGUAUGUGACUCAUAUCUGUGUUCUCCCAAGAGAUUUCCACAGGAGCUAAUACUCACUAUACUGGAAGCCAUCCAUGAUUCCUUUUAUGAGAACACCAGUGGAGUGUAUAGCCUAACUAUUCAUUUUCUCUUUUUCAUGUGUGACUAGCCCAUCAUCUUUUUCUUUCAUGCAUUCCUUUAAUAAUGUCCUUCUCCUUUGUUUAGUUGUUGGAGAAGAAACAAACAAACCUUUACUUUGUGUUUGGUAUGUAGCCCAUUAGAGACACAUAUUUCAUUUCUUCUAAACAAUUUCUGAGUUUUCCCACUGUGUGGCAGCCUUUCUAUGCCUAUUUUUAAAAAUGAGACUGUUUUGGGGGAGAAGUUUGAAAUCAUUAGUAGAACUCUCCAGUUUUCCAAAGGUAAUUCAGCCUUCAGCACUGGGCUCAACUUAUUGUUUGUCUGUAGUGCUUGUUCAGGAUACUGAUGUGUGAAUUUCAGAGGUUGUCCAUUCAAAUGUGUAUUUGUCUAGACAAAAGUCAUUCUUCAUUUGCUUGGACUUUCCUGUGUGGGUCCUUAGCCCAAUCUCUUGAAUUUUGAUGCUGGAGCCAGUUCCGAUUAGCUCCAAAGAGCCAAUUGUUAAAUUUUCAGUGUAAGCAUUUACACCUUGAAAAUUGACAAAUGCUACAAAUUAGGGUUUGAUUUAUUUUUGUUCAUUGUCAAGACUUAAGAAAGUGAUAGGGAAAAUGUUAAUGAUGCAGAUUAAACUUAAAAUUGAGUCUUGGGGGUAGGUGUAUGUAUAUACAUACACACAUAUAAGAACAUAUAUAUAUAUAUAUAAUAAUUAUUAUGAAAGUUGGUUGUUAAUACCAACACAACCCUAAUUUUUGGGUGGAAAAAGUGUGUGUGUAUAUGUGUAUACACAUGUACACCCACACAUAUCCUUUAAGAGUCUUCUCAGGUAUCCAUAGCUUGAUACACUUGACUCAGUUUAUCCAGAGACAGGACAGAGGACCUGACUCUGGGUAAGAUCUCCAUUAGGACAAUGGCAAACAUUAUGUCUCCAUGCUUUAUGCCUCAUUCAAUGUUAGUGAUCAGAGGGACAUUGAAUAAGGUUAUCUCUGUUGUUGUCCCAGGAAAUCUUGAAUAAUUCUGACAUUCAUAGGAGACAUCUUGUUGAAGAAGAGCACUUGAGAUGCUUUUUGUAAUUUAUUAAUUAAAUUAAAUGCUUUUUGUAAUUAAUAAACAGUAAUAACUGUGGUAUCCUGUA